GGCAGCUCUGGACUCCAUGCUGGCAUGCGGUAGGUGCUUAAUAAAUGAGAGCUGGCUCGGUUCCCAUUUUACUUCUUUGGCCAACGAGGGGCAGUGUUACCCAGCCAGCGGUUGGCCAUUUGAAUGUGCAGAGUCAUCUCUGGCCCUUGGGAUGGCCCCAUUUGCCUGCUUGGCACCCAUCACCCUGGCGGUCAGGCCCCUGUGGAUGUACCCUGUCAAGCGUCUACCUCUGUGCCUGAUCCUGCCCGCCCUGGCCAGGCCUGUGCUCAGCCCCUUCUCCGGGGUUUCCUGCAGAGUAAAAAUGGGCCCCACAGCCAGGGCGAGUACGACGUCUACAGCACUUUCCAGAGCCACGAGCCCGAGUUCGACUAUCUCAAGAGCCUGGAGAUAGAGGAGAAAAUCAACAAGAUCAAAUGGCUCCCCCAGCAGAACGCCGCCCACUCCCUCCUGUCCACCAACGAUAAAACUAUCAAACUAUGGAAGAUUACCGAACGAGAUAAGAGACCCGAAGGAUAUAACCUGAAGGAUGAAGAAGGGAAACUCAAGGACCUUUCCACAGUGACAUCUCUGCAGGUGCCGGUGCUGAAGCCCAUGGAUCUGAUGGUGGAGGUGAGCCCGCGGAGGGUCUUCGCCAAUGGCCACACCUACCACAUCAACUCCAUCUCCGUCAACAGUGACUGUGAGACCUACAUGUCGGCCGAUGACCUGCGCAUCAACCUGUGGCACCUGGCCAUCACAGACCGCAGCUUCAACAUCGUGGACAUCAAGCCGGCCAACAUGGAGGACCUCACGGAGGUGAUCACGGCGUCCGAGUUCCACCCGCACCACUGCAACCUCUUUGUCUACAGCAGCAGCAAGGGCUCCCUGCGGCUCUGCGACAUGCGGGCUGCUGCCCUGUGUGACCAGCAUGCCAAGCUCUUUGAGGAGCCCGAGGACCCCAGUAACCGUUCCUUCUUCUCGGAGAUCAUCUCCUCAGUGUCAGACGUGAAGUUCAGCCACAGCGGCCGGUACAUGCUCACACGGGACUACCUCACCGUCAAGGUCUGGGACCUGAACAUGGAGGCAAGGCCCAUUGAGACCUACCAGGUCCACGACUACCUUCGCAGCAAGCUCUGCUCCCUGUACGAGAACGACUGCAUCUUCGACAAGUUCGAGUGCGCCUGGAAUGGGAGCGACAGCGUCAUCAUGACGGGCGCCUACAACAACUUCUUCCGCAUGUUCGACCGCAACACCAAGCGCGACGUGACGCUGGAGGCCUCCCGGGAGAGCAGCAAGCCGCGCGCGGUGCUCAAGCCGCGGAGGGUGUGCGCGGGCGGCAAGCGGCGGCGCGACGACAUCAGCGUGGACAGCCUGGACUUCACCAAGAAGAUCCUGCACACCGCGUGGCACCCGGCCGAGAACAUCAUCGCCAUCGCCGCCACCAACAACCUGUACAUCUUCCAGGACAAGGUCAACUCCGAGAUGCAGUAGGUGGCCUCUCCCUCCCGGCUCCCUGGCCGGAGCCGCCGUCCUGUCUGCCCGAAGAAGGAAAGUGAACGGCCACGGCCUCGGGGGCCAGGUGGCUCUUGGCCGGGUUGUGGAGUUCAGGUCCUCGCACCUGCUGCCUGGGUCGGCACCCAUUCCUAGCUUUCCCCUCCAGGGCUGAGGGAGCUGCUCCUCCCUGCACCGCUGGCCCCAGGGCGGGGAGCCGGGAUGCAGAAGGUCCCCGGAACCAGCCGCAAGAGUCUGUGGGUGUCCGGAGGAUCGCGCCCAGUGAAACGUGAACUCAGGCCGUUUGCAGACGCAAGCCUCUUUGUUAGGUUCUUCUCGUGUCUUCACAUGCACCACGUCCAUCCCAGUUUCCAAGAGGUGGGGACGCGGGUCUGCCGGUUUGCGUGCCUGUUGUGUCUGUAAUUCAGCCGGCGUCUGUCCUGCACCAGCCCUGUGGGCGGCCCUCCAGGCUCGUGGGUUUCAUCGCUAGGACCUGCUCUGUAAUUCCUCCCCAUUCAUUGGGCACCCGGCUCCCCAGAAUGGCCCUGGGGGGGGGUCUCUCUCAUGUCCUUCGUAAACACCUGUGCUCACUGAGUGCCCGGCCCUGUGCUGUGUGCCAGGGAUCAAAGGUGAGUGAUUUAUACCUGAGGCUCCAAAAGGCUGAAAACCUACCAAGACUGGAGCCAGGAAUCCGCCCAGGUCUUCACCCAGGGCUCUCCCCAAUAUACCAUGUUGGUGGUGCCCAUGAAAGCAGCUUUUAGCCUGGAAGGUUCUGGAAGGGCCUGGAAGGGAACAACUGGACUGAGGAGGUGUGAUGAUGAUGAGGGUCCCAGAAGAACCCUGACAGGGACUGGAAGAUGGCAGAGACCCCCGGUGGCUCCCUGCUCUGUUUGGGAACUUCAGGAGCCAGCCCUCGAUAACGGCUCACCUCACCCUGCAUCCACAUCCAUAGCUCCUUUUUCAGAUGAACCGAACUGCCUCCAGAAGAAAAUUGCAUGUUAGGACCAUUUUAGAAUACAUUUUUCCUAAGGACCCAGAGUCUCAGGGGCAGCUUCGUUUGGAAGCGCUGCCUCGUGACAGCAGCGUUUCCACUCUGGCUCCCCAGGGGCGGAUUAUCCAACAGGCAAGGUAAGCACGGUGCUUACUUUACUUACCAGAUCAUCUGUAGUGAACAAUUUCACAUUUUUUCACCAAAUCAAAGAUUCCACUUCUAGGUAUGGCUGGCAUCUGCCUCUCUCCGAACCCCACAGCACCUUCUUACAGAAUCAAAGUCUCUUUUCAAAUUUACAAUCCCUGAUAGAGGCAGAGGACCCAGUAAGCAAGGUAAGCACGGGCUUAUUUGUGCUUAUUUACUAAUCUGUAGCGAACAAUUUUACAUGGGUUUCACCACACUGUUCACUACAGGUUAGUAAGCACAAAUAAACCCGUGCUUACCUUGCCUAUUGGAUAAUCCGCCCCUGUGGCGCCCCCUGUUCCCUUCAAACCCACCAGCUCCCGCUCACCACUGUCCUCAGCCACGGACUCACGGCACAACUGCGUGGCUUCACGUUGGAUGCAGAAAGCAGGUGCAGACAGAGGUCUGCACAAUCCAACCUUUUCUACAAGAUGCAACACAACCCAGGAAAGAGACCCAGCAGAGAUUCUCUCAGUGGACAACUGUAUACUUCUGUGUGUAAAAGCACAAAAGCGCGUGCUCUCACUUCUGGCCAUAUAACCACACAAUGAAAUGGGUCCACUGGUUUUUCUUAACAUGAAUGAAAAGUGUUUGUUUACACAUCACUCAAAACCCAGGUGACCUGGACAGUAUUGUAUGUACAUAUUGACUGUAAUGAAAUCUAACAAUCAAAGAGUGGGGUACUUCUUUUCUCUUGUAAAGAGGUUCAAGAAUGUGCUAAAUUGUACAGAAACUUGUUGAAGCCAAAAUCCAGCUUUGAGGGCCUUACACAACUACUUGGGUAUUUGGCAUGAUCCACCCCUGUGUGGCUCACAUGCAGCCGAGGAGACUGGCGUCUCCAGCUGGAGGCUACUGUCAGAUCGUGUAUUUAGCAUUUACCAUCUUCAAAGUCCAGAUUUAUAGUGUGUUAAAAAAAAAAAAAAAAAGGUCUUAAUACAAUUCCUGGUUCCUUACUUCUGUUUUAAGUUUUGGUUAACAAAGAAAAACAAAAAGAAGGAAGGAAAGGAAAGAAAGAGAAAGAAAGAGGGAGGGAAGAAAAGAAGGAAAGAGGGAAAGAAGGAAAGAAAAGACCUUCUUAGAAAAAAAAAAAGUCUUUGGAUCCCUGGAAAGUAAUGAUGUCCAAAGCCAAAUGUGUGUCAAGAAAAGAUGCUGGGGGCAGGGGGGAGGGCUGACCAGAAGGGCCAGCACGAUAGUCACAAACUUUGCAUCCUUUCUGUGUUUAAACUUUCUAGUCUUCUUGCCUGUCCAGGCGUUUGCAUAGUCAUUGUGAAGUUGUUGGGCUUUUUGUUGUAGUAUUCUCUGAUGACUGAGCUCUCAGUGGUGUAGGAUUCAUGCUGGUCUAAUAGACAGAUCUGAGCAUUUUGGCCUCUGUAACUCAUGGUUGCAUUCUAUUUUUAUUUUUUUGGUGUCUCACAAAUUAUCCAACUGUUGAAUAAAAUUAUAAAUAUGUUAAUACCAGCUUUUUCCAAUAAAAUAACAAAUGUUACAUCUAAAAUUAGGCUUGGAAGGCUGUUUGUUUUUAAUGAGGUCUCCCCAGGGGGGUGAGUCCCAUGAGGAGCAACGUGGCAGGUGAGUAAGCACAGGGUAUCAAAGGGGGAGCCAGGUUCACAUUGAAGCGUUGCUGCUCCUGAGGCAAAAACAUCCAACCUUUCUAAGCUCUGGUUUCAUCACUGAGGAAAUGGAGUUAAUAAUAGGGCCUACCUCAUAAAUGGGAGUCCUGGUGGUGCAAUGGUUAAGCUCUUGGCUGCUAACUGAAAGGUCAGUGGUUUGAACCCACCAGUGGCCUUGGGAGAAAAGACCUGGCAAUCUUCUCCUCUAAAGAUCGUAGCCUAAGAAAGCCUACGGGGCAGUUCUGCCGUAUCACAUGGGGCUGCCAUGAGUUGAAAUCAACUUGACAGCACACAACAACCUCAUAAAUUCUGUUGCGGGGGGAGGAU